AGGUCAACAGAAAACCAUCCUACCUCUAAACAGACUGGGCAGGUCAAAACCGGUGCACGUAGCAGCCGGAAUCAAAUAUCAUGUCUUCCGACGAGAUUGUCUGGCAGGUUAUCAACCAGCAGUUCUGCUCCUACAAGCUCAAAACAACAAAAGGCCAGAACUUCUGCCGCAAUGAAUACAAUGUCAGCGGUCUCUGCAAUCGGCAGUCCUGCCCGCUGGCCAACUCCCGGUACGCUACCGUGCGGUCGGAUCCGGAGACGGGCGCCAUGUACCUGUACAUGAAGACGAUCGAACGAGCCCACAUGCCCAGCAAGCUCUGGGAGCGGAUCAAAUUAUCGUCCAACUACGCCAAGGCGCUGGGGCAGCUCGACGAGCGGUUGAUCUACUGGCCCAAGUUUCUUAUUCAUAAGUGCAAGCAGCGUCUUACGCGGCUGACGCAGGUAGCUAUUCGGAUGCGGAAGAUCGCCAAGGAGGAAGAGCGGCUGGGGGAGAAGAUUGUGCCGAAGCUGGCGCCUAAGAUCCGUCGGAGGGAGGAGACGAGAGAGCGCAAGGCUGAGUCUGCGGCCAAGGUUGAGCGGGCGAUUGAGCGUGAGCUGAUUGAGCGGUUGCGGAGCGGCGCGUAUGGUGACCGGCCGCUUAAUGUUGAGGAGGGGAUCUGGAAGAAGGUCCUGCGCGGUCUGGAGCGCAGUGGUGAGGGUGAGCGGGAUGAGGAUCUCGACGACGGUGAAGAGAUUGAGGACGAAGAGGAAGAGGGCGUUGGUGAGGUGGAGUAUGUCAGUGAUCUUGAGGAUGACGAGGAUCUCGAGGAUAUCGAGGACUGGCUGGGUGGAGACUCGGCCGACGACUCGAGUGAUUACGAUGAGGACAGUGACGAGGAGAGCGGCUCAGAGGAGGCGUCCAGCGAUGAGGAGGUCAAGAAGCCCAAGCCUGGGGCCAAGAGAAAGCGUGCUGCACCACAAGCGAAGCCCCGGAAGAAGGGUCCUCGGGUCGAAAUCGAAUACGAAACCGAAGGAGCGGGCAAGGAGAGCAUCCUGGCUUAGAGGGGGUCAUGCUCGUGAAGGAAGUGAAGGAUAUAGAAGAAAAAGUAAUUUGUUUGAGCUACAUUCACGGCGUUUCGGGUUUUUCUUCUUACAACUUACUCGUGCGAUCGGGGCUUGGCAUACCCAGUCAUUGCAUCUACUUGUUUAACGACUGAUUUUGAAGCUUCAAGAGAAUAUUUUGUUCGACAACAUGUACAGAGCCUAGGAGAUUAUCAAAAUAUGCAUCAUGUCUUGUCAGA